AUGAGAGGAUCGCCACUACUUGUGACUGUCGUACUGGCUGCCUUGGUUGGAAGCAGCAGCGCAGCUUCCAUCCGAAAGGUGACUGUGGUUAGUGCAACUUGCCAGGGAGCGUCCGGGCCAUUUCCGAACCCGGACAGCUGCUCAAGCUUCCUUCAGUGCGAGCCGUCAGGUGUCGCAACGGUCAUCCCGUGCCCAGCAAACCUCGAGUUCAAUCCAAAGCUGAAGGUGUGCGACUACCCAGAGAGAGCUGGCUGCUCCUCAUCCUCGCCUCCUCCUGCUGACGACGAUAAUGGUUCUGGUGGGGGAUCAGAUGACAAUGGAGGCACUUCUCCAGCUCCACCUUCUGACGACGCCCCCACCUGUCCACCGUGGAAUCCUGAUGACGUCACCCAGCUCCCCAAUCCGAAUGACUGCAGCAGCUUCUACAAGUGUGACGAGAACGGCGUUGCCUGGGUCAUUGAAUGCCCAGCUGGUCUCGAAUACAAUGCAGAGCUAAGAGUGUGUGAUUAUCCAGAAAAUGCUGGUUGCUCAAGCAACCCGUCGGAAGAUCCACCCUCUGAGGGGGAUGAAGAUGACGAAAAUUCUAGUGGAGGUAUUGAGGUAAGCCCGAAUCCACCAGCUGGAGAUGCUCCUACAUGCCCAGAGUGGAAUCCAAACGACGUCACGCAGUUGCCCAAUCCAAAUGACUGCAGUAGCUUCUACAAAUGCGACGAGAAUGGUGUGGCUUGGCUCAUACCGUGCCCGGAUGGACUGGAGUACAACGCCGAGCUGAGAGUAUGCGAUUACCCAGAGAGAGCCGGGUGCUCUUCGUCAGCUACACCAAGUAACCCACCUGGCGACGAUCCCUCUGACGACGAUCAGGAGAAUGGUAACGCCGACUCUGGUAACGGCGAAAGCACGCAGCAACCAGCUGAGGAUGCUCCCACCUGUCCACCUUGGGAUCCAGAAGACGUCACCCAGCUGCCUAACCCCAGUGACUGCAACAGCUUCUACAAGUGCGACGAGAACGGCGUGGCCUGGUUGAUACCAUGCCCGGAGGGCCUGCAGUACAACGCCGAGCUUAGGGUGUGCGACUACCCUGCAGAUGCCGGAUGUUCUGUCUAA